CCAAUCUGUGUUCGAAAAUCCAAGCUCAAGCACGUACCGAGCCGCGCCAAUCCAACGCAGAAGACAGAGGAGGACGGGAAGCGCGCUGCUGUCAACUUGUGACAAAGCUCGGCGUAACGUUACGGGUAACGAACUGCCUAGACGAAUUCUACACAGUCGUGAUGUUUACACCUAAAAGAACAGUUUUUCCCGGUUGCGCGAGGAGCACAAGUUUGCACUUUGUGACAGUUACGUACUGAAGUGCUCUAGCCCCAUAUCCCUGUGUGUGUGGGUAACGCUGAGCUUAGUGUCACCUGUUACUCCCCGACGUGUGUACCGAUGUGUGUACCGUCAUUUGUCCAAUUUGUUUUACAGUGCUACAACUGUCUUUACAGCUUCUGCUGAUGUUAUUUGUGCCCAUCAAGAUCUAGUCUACCUGUGCAUCGUUGACAACAAUUAGCAGCAAGUGCUGAUUGCUGCUGCUUGGCUUAGUGCAGCACCUGGCCUCACAAAUACGAUGAGCCUAGCUGAAAGCAUCACUGCCAAAACAGCAUGUCACAGCCCUUCCAACGUCGGCGGUCAGGUCGAGGUUGGCAUGCAGUGCAGCUUGCCUCUUGCUGACAAGUCUGUCGGCUGCUCGUUCAAAGCAGGGAGCGAGUCUAGGAGCGUGCAGACUACGGAGGCUGUGGAUCAGUCAAACUCCACCUCAGCAUUGAGGCCUUCUAGUUCUCCGUCAACUGCCAACUGUGACAACUCAAAGCAAGAAUGCCUCCACCGAUGUCACCUAUGUGACUAUGAGGCUGAUGAACUGUUUCAUCUGGAAGCACAUGCCAAUGUCCAUACUGGCGAGAAGCCAUUUCAGUGCCCUUCAUGUCAUAGGAGCUUGUCAAACAGAUACAACUUAAACGUCCACUUGCGCACCCAGGCAAGCGAUAAGCCAUUUGAGUGUUCUCGAUGCCCUCAGAGCUUCUCACAAAAGUGCAACCUCAAAGACCACCUGCGUACCUACACAGGUGAGAAGCCAUAUCAGUGUCCUUCAUGCUCUCAGAGCUUCACAUACAAGGCUAAACUGAAAGUUCACCUGCGCACCCACAUCGGCGAUAAGCCAUUUGAGUGCCCUUCAUGCUCUCAGAGCUUUUCACAACAGGCCCACUUGAAAGCCCACCUGCGUACCCACACAGGCGAGAAGCCAUAUCAGUGCCCUUCAUGCUCUCAGAGCUUCACACGCCAGUCUAGCCUCAAAGUCCACCUGCGCAUCCAUACAGGUGAGAAGCCAUAUCAGUGUCCUUCAUGCUCUCAGAGCUUCACAUACAAGGCUAAACUGAAAGUUCACCUGGGCACCCACAUAGGCGAUAAGCCAUUUAAGUGCCCUUCAUGCUCUCAGAGCUUUUCACAACAGGCCCACUUGAAAGCCCACCUGCGUACCCACACAGGCGAGAAGCCAUAUCAGUGCCCUUCAUGCUCUCGGAGCUUCACACGCCAGUCUAGCCUCAAAGUCCACCUGCGCACCCAUACAGGUGAGAAGCCAUAUCAGUGCCCUUCAUGCUCUCAAGGCUUCAGAAGGAGAUGUGACUUAAAGUGCCACCUGCGCACCCACACAGGCGAGAAGCCAUUUGAGUGCCCUUCAUGCUCUCGGAGCUUUUCACAACAGGCCCACUUGAAAGUCCACCUGCGUACCCACACAGGCGAGAAGCCAUAUCAGUGCUCUUCAUGCUCUCGGGGCUUCAAAAAGAGAUAUGGCUUAAACUGCCACCUGCGUACCCACACAGGUGAGAAGCCAUUUGAGUGCCCUUCAUGCUCUCAGAGCUUCGCACGUAAGUCUACCCUCAAAGUCCACCUGCGCACCCAUAUAGGUAGAAGCCAUAUCAGUACCCUUCAUGCUCUCAAAGCUUCAAAAUGAGAUAUGACUUAAAGUGCCACCUGCGCACCCACACAGGUGAGAAGCCAUAUCAGUGCCCUUCAUGAUCUCAGAGCGUCUCACAACAGGCCCACGUGAAAGUCCACCUGCGCACCCACACAGGUGAGAAGCCAUAUCAGUGCCAUUCAUGCUCUCAGAGCUUCUCCCAAAAGGUCCAGCUUGAGACACAUGAGGCAAGAAGCCAUUUCAAAGCCCAUUAUGCCUUCAGUGAUUGUCGUUGAAGAAUGCCCCCAAGACACACCAGCUCAUUCAUGCAGGUGACCGGCCGUAUAGUUGUAACGUCUGCUCCAGGUCCCUUACACAGUCUCAUAAGUUGAACAGACAUAAGGGAUCACAGCACCACGAUACUCUAGGGUAGGUCAAGAACGAUGUUGAAUGGGAAUCUGAAGUAUAAAUCUACAAAUGUGUAGAAUGUCGCAUAGUGUUCUACUGCAUGAGGUAGCACAAAUGUUUUCAUGUGCUCAUGAAGGGAUGGUUUAACUCGGGCCCAACUCUGAUACAUGUAAAAUGCAGGAACACUUUUCUGAGAUAACUACUGGACCAAUUAUUUGGAAAUUUGUUGCUUUUGAGACAAAAAGAUAAAUGCUAGAGGGUGCUGGAUGCAGAAUCUUGAUUUAAGGCCUUAAUGUUGUAAUAGCGAUUUACAAAGAUUUGAAAAAAAUUGAAACGAGAAGUUAUUAAAUUCGCAGCUCUGCACCUAGAAUAGUUAUCGUAGUUCUGUAAACUGCAUAUGGUAGAUAAUCAAAAGCGGAGAAAUUUGAUGUAUCAAUUUAUAUCUUUCGUCAACUUGUUACAUUGUUUAUGACGUUUUUUUCAAAGUCCUACUCACAUAUUAGUGCUAUAUUUGAAAGCCUUGUUUAGUAUAUCAGUAUUGUCCGCUUUAGAUGUGUCCUAUUUGAUGCAUUUGACAGAAUUGUGAUAAAUGUUUUUCAUUGCCGAGUUAGAGUUGUAUACUUGAUAGUUUCGCUUUCGGAAAAUUUGUGAUUUUCAACAAUUUUUAUCAAGAUGUUCGCGGCCUAAAUAAAGCAUUCACUUUGAACACUCACUAGAUUCUUACUAUUUCUUUUAAAUGCAAACAACCUCAUCAAAUUUGGUGCAGCAGUUGUCGAGAAAAAGCAUUUAUUCUACCCCACGUAUUUAGAUAGGAGCCCCUGUUCUAAAUCUUCCUCUUAAAUGGUCACUGUAACACUUUUCUGGGGAUGAUCCUAUUUGCUCUUGAUCUCUUCUCAAGGUGUUAUAGAACACAGAGCAAAAGGAAUUAUGAGAACUGACCCCCACUAAGCCAUUAUAGCUGAGAAAAAACUCAAAAUGCAGUUAAACCUCGAUAUAAUGAAGUCUGUAAAAUCAAGGAUUUGCUUUGUCAUAUUGUGCUUUUUAUUUUUCCAAUAGUAUUCAACAUUUUGUUUGAUCUCAGAAAUUACCGUGUGAAUGCCCCUACAGAAAAUGUAUGUUAAUUGUAAUACCUAUUAUUACACUGUAGACAUCUCAGUGAUCUGAUUUCUGUAAGUACAUUUUUUUUUUCAGUAUUGUCUUUUGGUACAUAUAGACUUGUUCGGUUAGAUCCACUCACUUUGGCGGGCGAGCUGGAUUGAAGCCGUUAUAGAGUGUGUAAGUGCAACUGAACGAGGAUGUAGAAAGAAAUAAGUACACAGAGACAGCACUGACAAGGCUCUGAUAUGCAUGGUUCAUCCUGGAGUCUCUUGAUCUUACCCAAUUUACACCUAUUUUUUUUACCUAUAGGUACAUUUUUAGAGCAAUUGAUUAUUCAUUGAGCUUUCCUAUGUCUGUCUCAUGAAAGCACCAAAUAAAUGCUUGUGUUUAA